AUGGAAAUAACAGUGGGAGGACAGAAAAUUAAAGGACUAAUAGAUUCAGGAGCGCAGAGGUCAGUCUUGAUUAAUGCCUCCCACUUGCCCCUUCAGAAGAAAACUUCCGUGCCAGUUGUGGGGGCAGGAGGCCAGGUUUUACGAGCACCCUGUUUCAAGCCCCAAGGGAUCCAGAUAGGAGCCUGCGCCACGAAACAUGAAUUCAUCCUGAUCCCGUCCUGCCCCAUACCACUUAUCGGAAGAGACCUCCUUUGUAAAGUCCAAGCGACCCUGUCUUUCCAUCCAGAUGGCAAGGUCACAGGUACUGCUGGAGGGCAGCCACUUGUCAUCACCUGUCCCCUCAGAGAAGCGUGGAGAAUGGGACCUUCUAUGGGCCUCUGCGCUCCACUCCACACUAUCCAUACCGAAGUCGCCCUUCGAGUCAUCCGAGCCGUGCCAGGGGUCUGGGCCGAAAACAAUCCCAGAGGGUUAGCAUUGUCAGCUUAUCCUGUCAUCACUGAUCUGAAGCCCACUCAUGUUAUUGUUAACCAGCCACAGUACCCCAUUCCCUUAGAAGCCAGAGUUUCAAUGCAUGAGCACCUUGAAAAACUGCUGCAACUUGAAGUCCUGGUCCCCACCGUUUCACCCUGGAACACACCCCUCCUCCCAGUCAAGAAACCGGGCACUAACCAGUACAGACCAGUUCAAGACCUUCGCCUUGUGAACCAGCAGACGAAAGACAUCGCAGCCACAGUAGCAGACCCCUACUCCCUCAUCGGACUGAUACCAGGUGACAGCCUAUGGUAUUCGGUCAUCGACCUCAAAGACGCCUUCUUCACGGUUCCCUUGCACCCUGAUUCCCAGAAAAUCUUUGCCUUCACAUGGGAACACCCCCGGACAGGGCGAAAGAGACAAUUCACGUGGUCCCGCCUCCCACAAGGUUUCAAGAAUUCCCCAACUCUCUUUAGCCGCCAAUUGGCCGGGGAUUUGCAAAAAUACCAGGAAGAAGUUGGCCUAGUCCUCCAAUAUGUAGAUGACCUCCUUUUGCCCCGGCAUACUGAAGAGACCUGCCUCCUUGACACCAUUGCCCUGCUCAGACAUCUGGAGACUGCAGGUUACCGUGCUAGUCAAACCAAAGCCCAAAUCUGUAAACAAGAAGUGACAUAUCUGGGGUUUAUCAUCAAGAAGAACACUCGACUUUUAGCUGCCAGCAGGACCCAGGCAAUCAAUUGUAUACCCCAGCCCCGGAACAAAAAAGAAUUACGAGUUUUCCUGGGCAUGGCAGGGUACUGCCGGAUCUGGAUCCUGAACUACGCCGCCCUGACACAGUCCCUCUAUGAACUCUUGAAACAGAAAGUCCCUGAAUCCGGGACCCUAGACUGGACAUCUGAAGCAAAAGAGAGCCUCCGGAAUCUUAAAUCAGCCCUUACCAGUCCACCCGCUCUAGGACUACCUGAUAUCAGCAAGCCCUUCCACCUGUAUGUAGACGAAAGGAAGGGCACAGCCGUGGGCGUUCUGACCCAGAGAGUGGGUUCGUGGAAUCGGCCUGUAGCAUACCUAAGCAAGAAUACUGAUCCUGUGAGCAGAGGUUGGCCAGGAUGUCUCCGAUGUAUCGCCGCCGCAUGCCUGCUCUUAACUGAAGCCAUUAAACUUACCUAUGGGCAGCACAUAGAAAUCACUGCCUCACACUCCAUGAAAGCUCUGCUAGAAACCCACGGACCAAAGUGGAUGACCAACUCCCGACUUGUCAAAUACCGAGCGCUGCUGUGUGAGAACCCUAACGUGCAAGUGAAUGACUGCGUAGCCCUGAAUCCUGCGACUCUGAUGCCUUUGCCUGAGCCAGUUAUACAUGAUUGCCAAGAAAUAAUGGACACUGUCCAUUCUAGCAGACCCGACCUAAAAGACAGUCCUGUGCCUGGCAGCAUCAUCCUUUUUACUGAUGGAAGCAGUUUUGUCCAGCACGGUGUCAGAAAGGCGGGUUACGCCAUAGUAACAGAAGAUGAGGUCCUAAUCGCUGAAGCGCUUCCACCUGGCACGUCCGCUCAGAAAGCUGAACUCUUAGCUUUAAUCGCUGCACUAGAAUGGGGAAGAGAAAAGAAGAUCACGGUCUACACAGAUUCAAAAUAUGCAUUUCUUACUCUCCAAGUACACGGAGCAUUGUACCGAGAGCGAGGGUUCCUCACAGCCGAAGGAAGAGAAAUAGCACAUUCACAAGAGAUCCAGAGGCUCUUACAAGCUGUAUGGCUACCAGAGAAGGUUGCGGUGAUUCACUGCAGAGCACACACCGGGAAAUCUAACCCAAUUGCUCGAGGGAACCAGAGGGCGGAUCAGGCUGCCAAAGACGCCGCCAACCAGCCAGUACGAGAAACAAGCCACGCCCUCUUGAUUUCCCUGCCACCUCUUGCCAUGACGCCUCCACAAUGCCAUCUAGGCAAAGAAGCCCUUCGGCAUCUGAUCGAAAAGACCAUGUACAUAGACAAGUUAGCCACCCACUGCAUGGAAGCUUCCAAAAGAUGUGUCACCUGUGCACGAAAUAACCCAAAGAAAGGACCUGUGCUUCCCCCAGGCCAGAUACUCCGAGGCAGCCGACCCUUUCAAGUUAUGCAAAUUGACUUCACCCACAUGCCGCCAGCUGGAGGCUACAAGGUCGCCCUCGUAGCCGUAUGCACGUUCUCGGGAUGGGUAGAAGCAUGGCCAGUCAGAUCAGAAGGGGCAAGAGAAGUAGCGAAACACCUGAUCCAAGACCUCAUCCCUCGCUAUGGCCUGCCCCAGCAGCUGAACUCUGACAAUGGACCAGCUUUCCAAGCCGAGCUCACUGAAAAACUUAGCAAAGCACUUCAUAUAGACUGGAAGCUACACUGUGCUUGGAGACCGCAGAGCAGCGGGGCAGUAGAAAGAGCCAACCAGACCCUGAAACUACACCUUCGCAAAAUGUGCGCAGAAACACACUCUAAAUGGACUCAGAUGCUCCCUGUUGCCUUGCUCCACAUGAGGUGCACCCCCCGAAGUAACGGGCUGACUCCAUAUGAACUAGUCUAUGCCAGGCCUCCGCCGCUGCCAGCUACAGUCGAGACCCUGCCACUUCAUGGCGAGAUCAACCUUAAUCGGAUUCUAAAAGAACUGAAUCAGACAGUGCUAGAAAUGAGCCAGCAUACUGAACAGACUCCCUUAGGAAUAGUUAUCCCUGUUCAUGGCUUCAAGCCUGGGGAUGAAGUCUGGGUAAAGAGUUAUAAAGAAAGCCUGUUAGGGAAGACAUGGGACGGGCCAUAUACCAUUAUACUGACUACUCCUACUGCUUUAAAGGUCCAAGGGAAUUCCAGUUGG